AUGGCGGCCGACAGCGACGUGAAGAUGCUGCUGAACUUCGUGAACCUGGCCUCCAGCGACAUCAAGGCGGCGCUGGACAAGUCGGCGCCGUGCCGCCGCUCCGUGGACCACCGCAAGUACCUGCAGAAGCAGCUCAAGCGCUUCUCCCAGAAGCACUUGCGGCUGCCGCGGGGCCUCCCGGGCUGCGGGGCAGAGCCCGCCCUGAGGAGGGCGCCCGAGGACCGCCCCGGGGGGCUGCCCCUCCGCCCCGGCCCCGAGGCCAGCCCUAGCGGCGGCGGGGACUGCAAGGAGAAGGCUCUGGGGAACCCCUACCGGGAGGAGUGCCUCUCCAGGGAGCAGAGCCUACAGGGGCAGCAUCCGGGAGCGGCCAGGCCUGGCCAGGUGCCCAUGAGGAAAAGACAGCUGCCCGCUUCCUUCUGGGAGGAGCCGCGGCCCACCCACAGCUACCCCGUGGCGCUGGAGGGGGUGCUGGGCCCCCGAGAGGGGCCUCCCUACGAGUGUAAGAAGCACUGCAGGGGCCUGGAGCUCUUGGGGCCCGAGGUGGCCCUGAUCCCCAUGACCCCGAGGGCGCCGGCGGAAAAGGAGCCCCCCAAGCUGCCCGGGGUCUCCCUGGUGGGCCGCGUCAAUGCCUGGAGCUGCUGCCCCUUCCAGUACCACGGACAGCCCAUGUACCCCGGCCCUCCGGGGGCCCUGGCGCAGGGCCCGGGGCCCGGCCUGGGCCUGUGGCGGAAAAGCCCGGCCUCCCCCGGGGAGCUGGCCCACCUGGCCAAGGAGGCGGACGGCCCGGGGCAGAAGGUGUACAGGCCCGUGGUCCUGAAGCCCAUCCCCACGAAGCCGGCCAUGCCCCCGCCCAUCUUCAACGUCUUUGGCUACCUCUAG